CACACACACACACACACACAAAUAGUAUAAUGCUACUUUAGUAGUAGGACUGCAUUUGAUGUUGGUAAAUCGUAAUAAUAAAUAAACCCCAACACAAAAUCCUUUCUUUUUCAACAUUUUCAAAGCUUUUUCUUUUCCUUUUCCUCUCUUCUUUUCUGUAUCAUACACUCCAAAGAGAAAGAGCUCUCUCUGUCUCUCUCUCUCUCUCUCUCUCUCUACAGUUGCCCUGUUUCUUGUGGUGGGCUUUACUUUUGAUCUGGUGCAGUGUUCUUCUGCUUCUCCAGCAUUGCGCAAAUGCAAUUCCAGUCAAAAAGGGACAUAUAUUCAAUUAAGACACAUUCGUUAGUGUUCUUGGUUUUCUCCGAUUAGUAACUAACCACACUAUCGAUAUCCGCACUAAAUGGCUUCGGUACUUCAUAACAAGAAUUCCUCCAAGAAUCGUCACAAAUCCCACGAUAAUGCCGAAACGAAAUUACCCGACCAUCCACAAAAAGAAUCGGUUAAUUCCUUGCCUGCUAAAUUCGAUUCGUCUCUGCAUUUGAACGAAUCCAAGAAAAUGAGUGACAAGGUUGAAUUUCUUGAGAGUGGAAAGAGCAGCUUGUGUAGAGGCAGCACGAGCACCGACAUCAGCGACGAAAGCACGUGCAGCAGCUUCAGCACGACAAUCAACAAACCCCACAAAGCGAACGAUUUAAAUUGGGAAGCGAUCCAGGCCGUUCGCGUAAAAGACGGACCGUUGGAUUUGAGGCAUUUCAGAUUGCUCAAGAAAUUGGGGUGUGGAGAUAUUGGAAGUGUUUAUUUAUCGGAAUUGUGCGGUACGAAGUGUUAUUUCGCUAUGAAGGUUAUGGAUAAGGCUUCUUUGGCUAGCAGGAAAAAGCUGAUGAGGGCACAAACGGAAAGAGAGAUUUUGCAGUCGUUGGACCAUCCUUUUUUGCCUACGUUGUACACGCAUUUCGAGACGGAGAAAUUCUCGUGUUUGGUUAUGGAGUUUUGUCCCGGUGGAGAUCUGCAUACGCUGAGGCAGAGGCAGCCCGGAAAGUAUUUCUCCGAACAAGCUGUCAAGUUUUACGUAGCUGAGGUCCUUCUUGCAAUGGAGUACCUCCAUAUGUUCGGAAUAGUAUACCGUGACCUAAAACCCGAAAAUGUCCUCGUUCGUGAAGACGGCCACAUCAUGCUCUCCGAUUUCGACCUCUCCCUCCGCUGCUCCGUCAGCCCUACCCUCAUCCAAUCCUCCACCACCACCACCGCCAACUCCGACCACCAAAACACCGCCUACUGCGUGAAACCCCCCUCCUGCAUGGCGGGCCCCACCACACCCUCCUGCAUGGCGGGACCCACAACAUGCUUCGGCCCCCGUCUUAAUCUCUUCUCAUCAAGCAAAUCCAAGAAAGACCGAAAUACCCCUCCGAAGAAAAAUGAACCGGUCAACAACCAAGUCAACCCCUUGCCGGAGCUAAUGGCGGAGCCGACCGACGCCCGGUCAAUGUCGUUCGUCGGGACCCACGAGUAUUUAGCACCGGAGAUAAUUAAGGGAGAAGGGCAUGGCAGUGCGGUGGAUUGGUGGACUUACGGGAUUUUUCUAUACGAACUCUUGUUCGGUAAAACACCGUUUAAAGGGUCCGGAAAUCGGGCGACGCUUUUCAAUGUGGUGGGGCAGCCCUUGAGAUUCCCGGAGCAGCCGGUGGUGAGCUUUGCCGCUAGGGAUCUUGUCAGAGGGUUGCUGGUGAAGGAGCCGCAGAACAGGGUCGGGUUUAAAAGAGGGGCGACGGAGAUCAAGCAGCACCCGUUCUUCGAGGGGGUUAAUUGGGCUCUGAUCAGGUGUGCGAGCCCACCGGAAGUACCUAGACCGGUUGAGAUCGAGAAACUUUCUGCCGGACCCACUUCUCUUCCUCCUCCGCCUACAGCAACAGCUGCUGCGAGUGUGAAAAUUGCUCCUGGUCCGGCUGUUUCGCCGACUCGGAAAAAUGCCGAUAAUUAUCUUGAAUUUGAUUUCUUUUAGUGGUUUUCUUUUUAUUUUUUUUAUUUAUUAUAUCCUUUUUUGGAGUACUGAGAGAGGUUAGUAGUUGUAGUAUUUGAAUGUUGUUUUCGGACAGGUUGCAGAAUUUGUUGUAUUUUCAUUUGUUGAUUAUUUACAAGCCUACUUUCUGCAUU